CCCACGUUAUCCCCACAGAACCAAACGCAAAAGCCACCUCCUUCGUCUCACCCAAAAUGUCAGUCUCCGCUGUGAUGUUGGGUCCUCAGCUCCUCUCCAUGCCCGUCCCUCUCCGAAACCCCUCCGCAACGGCGUCGUUCGGAGUCACCCAGAUGGCUCCACCACUCUGCGGUGGUUCCGGUGGUGGGUUGGUGAUAGAAUGCUCGUCGAGGCCGCAGAAGAAGGCGACGGCGCACCACCGCAAGACGCGGCCACGCAAAACGGCUGCGUGGGACGUGAAACGCAAGCCGACUGUGUACGCUCCUCUGCCGCCUCUCCCCGCCGAUUGGGUUUUCCUCGCUUCUUCUGAUGAUGCUUCUGCUGCAGACCCUUCUUCUCCGCAAGCACCGCCCACUGUUCAGUAGAAAAAUUUGGUACCCAGUUCAGUUGUUGUUGUUAUUAUGUUUGAUUUUUGAAGCUAUGGAGAUUUUAAGCUUUGUUUUUGUAAUUGAUGCUUGCUCUGUUUAAGUAAUUAUGUUUAUGGUAUAAUUGAGGUUGAGUUUGGAUGGCAUUAUUGGGUUUAGAUUUCA